CACAGCUGCAGGGUUGUAGCAACGUUUGCAAAAAACACGCACGUUCUGUGUCAAAUCAAUACAAAAUCAACAAAAAUCGAUCGAUCUUUGCAAUAGCAGCGAGACAGUGCGCGCCACAAAUUAAUAUAUAUUUGCCAGAAAAGAUAUAAGUGUACAGCAUACGCAUUGCUUAAGCUUGACGCACAUAUAAAUUGCUGUGGAAAAUUUUGAGAUUUCUGUCGUCGGCGACAGAAAAAAUUUGCGCGUCGCAAGAGUCUCGCGUGCGUCUGUGGCUGUCUCCCUUUGUGUGCGUAUGCUUGUGAGUGAGUAAAUGUGUGUGUGUGUGCGUGAGUGAGCUUGCCUACUAGUAUAUGCGUAUUUAAUUUGCGUCCGCGUGCAUCUUACAGCCUACAUUGUCAAUUAUACCGAAAAGCAUUGUGAUUAUCCACCCGAUUCCUAAUCCCAUACUCAGUGGCCAGCCGCACAGAUCACACCAAAAUGUCCACCAGCAGCAGCAGCAGCGGCCGCAUCGCAGCCGAUCAGAAUAAUAAGGGCAUCAACAGCGUCGUAGCGGCGCUUUGCCCUCUCAGCAAUUGCCAGUUUUCAGGCGUUGUUAUAAGCGCCAUUACCGACGAGCAGAAGCUCGAAUUUAGCAACAAAUAUAACAGUAGUUGUACAUUAAGCUGUAGCUACGACUCCCAAGGCGUCCUGCUGCGCAUUAUGUUGGACAACGAUCAAGGGCAUGUGCUGAAGGAGUAUAUGAUAUCGGCGGAUACGGAUGCUGCUCAAUUAGGACGGCGUUGCUAUGCUAUUUCCUUGGAAUCGGAUAAUCUGGUACUACGAUUUGUUAGCGAUAAGGAUCAGCAGCUCUUCCGUAAGGUUGUGGAGAAUGUGAAGCAUCUGAGGCCGAAGUCCGUGUUCUCCCAGCGCACCGAAGAAUCGUCCGCAUCGCAGUACUUCCAAUUCUAUGGCUACCUAAGCCAGCAGCAAAACAUGAUGCAAGACUACGUUAGGACUAGCACCUAUCAGCGAGCCAUCUUAGGCAAUGCCAUUGACUUUCAAGAUAAGGUUGUGCUGGAUGUAGGUGCCGGUUCGGGCAUAUUAUCUUUCUUUGCCGUACAAGCCGGUGCUGCUAAGGUGUAUGCGAUUGAGGCUUCCAAUAUGGCACAAUACGCACAGCAGUUGGUCGAGUCGAACAAUGUGCAGCACAAGAUCUCAGUGAUACCCGGCAAAAUUGAAGAAAUUGAGCUGCCCGAAAAGGUGGAUGUUAUCAUAUCUGAGCCCAUGGGCUAUAUGCUCUACAACGAACGCAUGCUGGAGACAUAUCUGCAUGCGCGUAAAUGGCUAAAGCCCCAUGGCAAAAUGUAUCCCACGCAUGGCGAUCUGCACAUUGCGCCCUUCUCAGAUGAGUCUCUCUACUCGGAGCAGUAUAACAAGGCCAACUUCUGGUAUCAAUCGGCCUUUCACGGCGUCGAUCUAACAACCCUGCAUAAGGAGGGCAUGAAAGAGUACUUCCGUCAACCGAUCGUGGACACAUUUGACAUACGCAUUUGCAUGGCCAAGUCGGUGCGCCAUGUAUGCGACUUCCUCAACGAUAAAGAAGAUGAUUUACAUGUCAUUGACAUUCCACUCGAGUUCCACAUAUUGCAAACGGGCAUAUGCCAUGGACUAGCAUUUUGGUUUGAUGUGGAGUUCAGUGGCAGCAGCCAGAAUGUCUGGCUUUCCACUUCGCCAACAGCGCCACUGACUCACUGGUAUCAGGUGCGCUGCCUGCUGCCGAUGCCAAUUUUCAUCAAGCAGGGCCAGACGUUGACGGGUCGAGUGCUGCUGGAAGCUAAUCGGCGGCAGUCGUAUGACGUGACUAUUGAUCUUCAUAUCGAAGGUACCUUGAUAUCAUCGAGCAAUACACUGGAUCUAAAGAAUCCGUAUUUUCGGUACACGGGGGCGCCGGUACAGGCACCGCCGGGGACUAAUACGCAGAGCCCAUCGGAACAGUAUUGGACUCAGAUGGAUACGCAGGGUAACCGAAAUUCUAAUAGCAUGCUAAACGGCACUCUGUCGGUCAAUGGAAUGGGUGACGCUGGCAUGGACAUUACCCAUGGACUUCUGCAUCCUCACUAGAAAUGGAAGGGAAAUGAAGUUUGUUCAAGGUGGCAAAUACUACAACAUGCUGGCAAAAUCUACUUGGCUAAAAACUGGAUUGGUACUGAGCUAGGACAAUUAUCAAUGAAUGUGUUUGUUUAUGAAUCUUUUGUUAUUUAAUUCUGUCAAAAGUUUGUCUAUUUUAGGUUUUCUUCUUUUUUUUAU